AUGGAUCGGUGGAAGGGCCGAGUAGCACUAGUGACAGGGGCGAGUUCGGGAAUCGGAGCAGCGACUGCCUUGACGUUGGCCAAGGCUGGGAUGAAGGUGGCUGCUUGUGCGAGAAGAAUCGAUCGCAUCAAGAAAUUGGUGGAAGAAUUGGGAGAAGGAGGCACGAUGAUGGCCAUCAAGUGCGACCUGACCAACGAUGAGGAAGUGGAUGCCAUGUUUUCCCAAAUCAUGGAGACCUGGGGAGGCAUCGACGUGUGCAUCAACAACGCUGCUCAGGGUGGACCACAGAAGAUCGUAGACGGAGACCGGAAGGAGUGGAGAAAUGUCCUCGAUUUGAACGUGAUAUCAUAUUGCUACUGUGCAAAGAAAACAAAAAUUGCAGAAGAAUUGGGAGAUGAAGGCACGAUGAUGGCCAUCAAGUGCGACCUGACCAACGAUGAGGAAGUGGAUGCCAUGUUUUCCCAAAUCAUGGAAACCUGGGGAGGCAUCGACGUGUGCAUCAACAACGCUGCUCAGGGUGGACCACAGAAGAUCGUAGUGCUUUACACUGCAUCGAAAUUCGCCGUGACUGCCAUCACAGAAUCCCUGCGAUUGGAGCUGAAGGAAACGAAGAAGAACAUCCGAGCAACGCAAAUAAGCCCGGGGAUUGUGUGGACGGAAAUGGUGCAGAGAGAAGAGUUUAAGGAAUUAAUUUCCCAGCUGAUGACCGAAUUGGAUGCCCUUCAAGCCGAGGACAUCGCCCACGCAGUGGAGUUCAUCCUCUCCGCGCCUCCUCACUUCAUGGAGCGAUGGAAGGGCCGAGUGGCACUUGUGACAGGUGCAAGUUCGGGGAUCGGAGCAGCGACUGCCUUGAAGUUGGCCAAGGCUGGGAUGAAGGUGGCUGCUUGUGCGAGAAGAAUCGAUCGCAUCCACAAAAUUGCAGAAGAAUUGGGAGAUGAAGGCACGAUGAUGGCCAUCAAGUGCGAUCUGACCAACGAUGAGGAAGUGGAUGCCAUGUUUUCCCAAAUCAUGGAAACCUGGGGAGGCAUCGACGUGUGCAUCAACAACGCUGCUCAGGCUGGACCACAGAAGAUCGCAGACGGAGAUCGAAAGGAGUGGAGGAAUUUACUCGAUUUGAACGUGAUAUCAUAUUGCUACUGUGCAAAGAAAACAGUUGAAUCCUUGAAGGAGAGGGAUUGCGACGAGGGACACAUCAUCAACAUUGGCAGCAUUGCUGGCCACUGGGUGUUCGACAUGGCCCCAGUGCUCUACACCGCAUCAAAAUUCGCCGUGACUGCCAUCACAGAAGCUCUACGAUUAGAGUUGAAGGAAACGAAGAAGAACAUACGAGCGACGCGAUGGAAGGGUCGUGUCGCACUUGUGACAGGUGCGAGUUCGGGCAUUGGAGCUGCGACUGCCAUGAAAUUGGCUAGAGCUGGAAUGAAGGUCGCCGCAUGUGCAAGGAGGGUGGAUACAAUUCAGCGAUGGAAGGGUCGGGUCGCGCUUGUGACGGGUGCGAGUUCAGGGAUCGGUGCAGCGAUUGCCAUGAAAUUGGCCAAAGCUGGCCUGAAGGUGGCUGCAUGUGCAAGGAGGGUCGACAACAUUCAGGUACAAUUGGGAGAUGAAGUCACGAUGAUGGCCGUUAAGUGCGACCUGACCAAUGAUGAGGAAGUAGAUACCAUGUUUUCCCAUAUCAUGGAAAGUUGGGGAGGCAUUGACGUCUGCAUCAACAACUCCGCUCAAUUAGGACCUCUGAAGAUCACAGUUUGCUACUGCUCCAAGAGGACCGUAGAAUCCUUGAAGGAGAGGGACUGCGACGAAGGACACAUCAUCAACAUCGGCAGGUUUGACGCCAAGAAGUUUCCCAUGCACUUGAUAAUAUGUCCGGGGCGUGUGCAGACAGAAAUCGCAGCGAAGCACGCGAACGAAGCCAUGCGGUCUAAACUUACGUCAAAAGUGGAUCCCUUGCAAGUCGAGGACGUCGCCAAUGCAGUGGAGUUCAUCCUCUCUGCUCCUCCUCAUCGAUGGAUGGACCGAGUAGCACUUGUGACAGGUGCGAGUUCGGGGAUCGGUGCAGCAACUGCGAUUAAAUUGGCUAAAGCUGGCAUGAAAGUCGCUGCAUGUGCAAGGCGGAUUGAUCGCAUCCAGCAAAUGGUGAACGAAUUAGGAGAAGGAGGGAAAAUGAUGGCCAUAAAGUGCGACCUGACCAACGAUGAGGAAGUGGAUGCAAUGUUUUCUCAAAUCAUGGAAACAUGGGGAGGCAUUGACGUGUGCAUCAACAACGCUGCUCAGAUUGGACCAAUGAAGAUCGUUGAUGGGGACCGGAAAGACUGGAGGAAUUUGCUUGAUUUGAAUGUGAUAGCAUAUUGCUACUGUGCAAAGAAGACAGUGGAAUCGCUGAAAGAAAGGGACUGCGACGAGGGACACAUCAUCAACAUUUGCAGCAAAUUUGUCCGGGACUGGUGUGGACAGAGAUGGCGAAUACCGUUACAGAAGAAGAGCUGCUACAAUUCGCGGAAGAUAUUGCCAAUGCUGUUCAAUUCAUUCUCUCCGCUCCUCCUCACGUCGAGGCUCAUGGAGCGAUGGAAGGGUCGCGUCGCACUUGUGACAGGUGCGAAUUCAGGGAUCGGUGCAGCGAUUGCCAUGAAAUUGGCCAAAGCUGGCCUGAAGGUGGCUGCAUGUGACAGGAUGAUUGAUCACAUUCAGUGUGACCUGACCAACGAUGAGGAAGUUGAUGCCAUGUUUUCCCAAAUCAUGAAAAUAUGGGGAGGCAUUGACGUCUGCAUCAACAACGCUGCUCAAAUUGGAUCGCCGAAGAUCAUGGACCGUGUUCAUGUUUCCAGCAUCGCCGGCCAUUGGGUUUCUGAACUGAACUAUCAGUUUUAUACUGCAACGAAAUUUGCCGUGACUGCCAUCACAGAAUCCCUACGACUGGAGCUGAAGGAAAUGAAGAGGAAUAUACGAGCAUCGCGAUGGAAGGGCAGAGUAGCACUGGUGACAGGUGCGAGUUCGGGUAUCGGUGCAGCAACUGCCAUUAAAUUGGCUAAAGCAGGCAUGAAGGUCGCUGCAUGUGCAAGACGGGCCGAUCGCAUCCAGCAAAUGGUGGAGGAAUUGGGAGAUGACGGCACAAUGAUGGCCAUAAAGUGCGACCUGACCAACGAUGAGGAAGUGGAUGCAAUGUUUUCUCAAAUCAUGGAAACAUGGGGAGGCAUUGACGUCUGCAUCAACAAUGCCGCUCUGGGUGGACCCGUGAAGAUAACGGAUGGAGAUCGGAAGGAGUGGAGGAAACUGUUCGAUUUGAACGUUAUUGCUUAUUGCUACUGUUCCAAGAAGACAGUGGAAUCCUUGAAGGAGAGGGAUUGCGACGAGGGACACAUCAUUAACAUCUGCAGCAUCGGCGGUCAUCGGGUUUUUGAGCCGAUCCCCAAGCAUUACACCGUAACUAAAUUUGCCGUGACUGCCAUCACAGAAUCCCUACGACUGGAGCUGAAGGAAACGAAGAGGAAUAUCCGAGCAUCGCCGAGGACGUUGCCAAUGCUGUUCAAUUCAUUCUCUCUGCUCCUCCCCACGUCGAGGUGCACUAUGGAACGAUGGAAGGGCAGAGUAGCACUUGUGACUGGUGCAAGUUCUGGGAUCGGUGCAGCGGUUGCCAUGAAGUUGGCCAAGGCAGGCAUGAAGGUGGCUGCAUGUGCUAGGAGGGUCGAUCGCAUCCAGACUAUGGAACGAUGGAAGGGCAGAGUAGCACUUGUGACUGGUGCAAGUUCUGGGAUCGGUGCAGCGGUUGCCAUGAAGUUGGCCAAGGCAGGCAUGAAGGUGGCUGCAUGUGCUAGGAGGAUCGAUCGCAUCCAGACUAUGGAACGAUGGAAGGGCAGAGUAGCACUUGUGACUGGUGCUAGUUCUGGGAUCGGUGCAGCGAUUGCCAUGAAGUUGGCCAAGGCAGGCAUGAAGGUGGCUGCAUGUGCCAGGAGGGUCGAUCGCAUCCAGUUAGGGGAAGGAGGCACAUUGAUGCCCAUCAAGUGCGACCUGACCAACGAUGAGGAAGUAGAUGCCAUGUUCUUCCAAAUCAUGGAAACGUGGGGAGGCAUUGACGUGAAGGAUUGGAGAGAUGUGCUGAAUCUGAAUGUCGUAGCAUUAUGCUAUUGCUCCAAAAAGACAGUGGAGUCCUUGAAAGAGAGGGAUUGCGACGAGGGACACAUAAUCAACAUUUGCAGGAUCGUGGAGCGGUGGAAGGGCCGAGUAGCACUUGUGACGGGUGCGAGUGCAGGGAUUGGUGCUGCUAUUGCUAUGAAGUUGGCUAAGACAGGCAUGAAGGUCGCUGCAUGUGCCAGAAGGGUCGAUUCUAUCCAGGAAAUGGUGAAAGAAUUGGGAGAUAAAGGCACGAUGAUGGCCAUCAAGUGCGACCUGACCAACGAUGAGGAAGUGGAUGCCAUGUUUUCCCAAAUCAUGGAAACAUGGGGAGGAAUAGACGUCUGCAUGAAUAAUGCCGCUAAGAUAGGCAUUCCAGACGCUCCUUGGUAUGAAUACAAUUUAUUCACCACUAUCUUUCUUAUGUUAUGGAUGUGUUGCAAUGGAAACCGGAAGGAGUGGAGAGAAUUAUUUGACUUGAAUGUGAUUGCAUAUUGCUACUGUGCAAAGAAGACACAUUGCUGGCCAUUGGGUAUUCGAAUUUGCUUCCGUGCCUUAUACCGCAUCAAAAUUUGCUGUUACGGCCAUCACAGAAUCUCUACGACUGGAGCUGAAGGAAACGAAGAGGAACAUCCGAGCAACGAUAAAGGCACGAUGUUGCCCAUUAAGUGCGACCUGACCAACGAUGAGGAAGUUGAUGCCAUGUUUUCCCAAAUCAUGGGAACAUGGGGUGGCAUUGACGUGUGCAUCAAUAGCAUGAAAAGGUGGAAGGGUCGAGUAGCACUUGUCACAGGUGCAAGUUCAGGGAUCGGUGCAGCGAUUGCCAUGAAGUUAGCCAAGGCAGGCAUGAAGGUGGCUGCAUGUGCCAGGAGGGUCGAUCUCAUCCAGGUUCAAGUUUUCCCUUACCACUCAGAUCCACAUUUUAACGAAGAGUUGGGGGAGGAGGGAACAAUGAUCGCAAUAAAGUGCGACCUGACUAAUGACGAGGAAGUGGACUCCAUGCUUUCCCAAAUCAUAACGACGUGGGGAGGAAUCGACAUAAUGUUCUUCUUCAAAACCAGUAUUGCUGGGCAUCGGGUGUUCGACGUUGUACGGAAACUGUACACAGUCAAGAAAUAUGCGGUGACUGCCAUCACAGAAUCGUUGCGGCUGGAGCUGAAGGCCACAAACCAGAAUAUCAGGCAAGUCAGCCCCGGACUGGUUGACACGGAACUCAACCAUAGGGCCGACAACGAAGAACAUAUUUCAAAUAUCCCGGAGGAUUUGAUGAUGCUAGACCCACAGGACAUUGCAAACACUGUGGAAUUCAUCCUCUCUUCCCCUCCGCAUAUGGAGAGUAGCACUUGUGACAGGCGCGAGUUCGGGUUCGGUGCAGCGAUUGCCAUGAAGUUAGCCAAGGCAGGCAUGAAGGUGGCUGCGUGUGCCAGGAGGGUCGAUCGCAUCCAGAAAGUCGUCGAGGAGUUGGGGGAGGAGGGGACAAUGAUCGCAAUAAAGUGCGACCUGACCAACGACGAGGAAAUGGAUUCCAUGUUUUCCCAAAUAAUAACGACAUGGGGAGGAAUCGACGUCUGCAUUAACAACGCCGCUGGAGCAGGACCAAGGAAGCUUUUGGAUGGCGAUCGGACCCAGUGGAGACAGCUAUUCGACUGCAACGUCGUAGCUCUUUGUUACAUCUGCAAGAGGACAGUGGAUUCUCUGAUGGAGAGGAACUCAGAUGAGGGACAUAUAAUAAAUAUUUCCAGACAUUUAAGUUCAGAAGUUCUCCAUGGUAUUCGAAUGGCUAAAAAUUUCAAGAAUGUAAUUUUCCUAUUGAAAAACAGUCUUGCUGGGCAUUUGGUGUUCGAUGUUGUGCCCAAGCUAUACACAGCAACGAAAUGUGCAGUGACUGCCAUCACAGAAUCGUUGCGGCUGGAGCUGAAAGCUACAAAAAAGAAUUUCAGGACAUCGCAAAUCAGUCCUGGACUGGUGGACACAGAAAUCAUCCAAAAGGCCUAUACCGAAGAACAAAUUUCAGGAUUCCCGAAGCAUUUGACGAUGCUGGAUCCACAGGACAUUGCAAAAACCGUGGAAUUCAUCCUCUCUUCCCCUCCGCAUAUGGAG